AUCGGGUCAGACGUGUCUCUCGUACGUAUUGGGACAGAAAUGGAAAUUAACAAUGGAUUCUCUGGAAUUGGAUAUAAUGGAACUGACAUUCGACCAGAACCGAUUUAUGGAAACACGGAUUUCGUGGACACAUGGUUUCUGAUGGGCUCACCAUUCCCAGUGGCCAUAAUCCUGGCUUCAUACUUGUUGUUCGUGUUGAAGAUUGGACCCAUGUUCAUGAUGAGGCGAGCACCAUAUCAACUGUCAAACGUGUUACUCUUGUACAAUGCAGUCCAAGUGGGCGUGUCCUGUUUUCUUUUUCAAAAGUGUGUCGCCAUGAUUGUUGAGAAUGGGGUGGUGCCAAAGACCUGCCUGAUGGAAACGGACUACAGUAGGAGAAGUAUAACAACAGCGAUGUACUACUACCUACUAGCCAAGGUAUCAGAACUGCUGGACACCGUAUUCUUCAUACUCCGCAAGAAGAACAACCAAGUGACCUUUCUCCAUGUAUACCACCAUGCUAUAAUGGUGUUUGUGACCUGGAUAGCAUUGAAGUAUGAGCCGACCUUUGCCCUCGUCUUCAUGGGAUUGUUGAACUCCUUCGUCCAUAUUGUCAUGUACACGUAUUAUGGAUUGUCUGCUUACCCAAAUCUGGCAAAAUAUUUGUGGUGGAAGAAGUAUAUUACUAGGUUGCAAUUGUUGCAGUUCGUCCUAGUUCUGCUUCAUUUUGGAACAGCCUUCGCAACCUCAAGCUGCCCUCCAUCGAAAAUCAUGUUUGCAUCAAUGCUAUUCAAUGGAUUUCUCUUCAUCUAUCUCUUUGGAAGUUUUUACAUCAACACUUAUAACAAAAUAAACAAGAAAACUAAAAUUGAUAAAGAAAGUAAUGGAACCAAUGGCAUCAAAGAAGAAUUUAAUGAAAUAGAAAAAGAAGAUAAUAAAAAUGGAAUGAAAAUCUGCAAAGAUGAGAAAGCUACCGAUGAGAAUGAUUAUACAAGUGCCGCUAUCAAACUGAACGACAAAUAUUGCUUUACUUUCAAUUUGCAGACGAAGAAAUUAUUGUAG